CCCCACUAUGAGCCCUACACUUGGGCUAUUGGCAGGCGAGACACUAGGGAGGAUAUCUGGAGAGCGGGAGACUCAGAUUGGAACUUGGAACUUCCCUCUCUCAAGGAUCAAGUCGCCUUGCCUGUUUCUCGAAGAACUAGGAACUCAAUUGGAAAGAGCUGCGCCUAACCACUAG